AUGAACGCAAGGGUGCUACGCGACAUUAAGGCGCGCAGGAUGGUCUUUGAAAAUGAAGUGACUCGGAGGGCGUACCUCUUUGUUGCCCGAAACCAAACUCUCCCUCCUGCUGUUAGAUAUCAGGCUCAGCUGCAGUUAAACAACUUUUCCAAAUAUACCAGGCCGAACACUGUCAAUAAUCGAUGUGUUGAGAGUGGUCGAGGAAGGGGAGUAAUGAGCAAAUUUGGGCUUUGUCGGUACCAGUUUAGGCUGAAGGCUCUAGCAGGAGACAUACCUGGCGUAAAGAAGGCAUCCUGGUGACCAUGCCUAUCCUCUGAAUAAUCUCUUCUGUUUUCUGUAUCCAAUAUAUACCUGCAACGAACUCUAUCUUAAUAGACAAAGUUUGAGAGCCCCAUCGCCAAGCUGCC